AGAGAUUCCAUUGGACCGAUUGAGCGGCUAAGUUCGAAAAAAUCAGUGAUGGCAACAGACGGUCCUCUAAAGACUCUAUUUAAUAACAUAAAUAAGAAGAAGACAGGGGAGACAAAGGGUUCAGCAAUGGAUUCUGAAAAUACAGACAUCGUACAUUUACCGGGAGAUGCUGAUGGUGGCAAAGGGAAGAACAAAAGACUGUCGAUUGAGAGGAUCUAUCAGAAGAAAUCACAGUUGGAGCACAUUCUACUCCGUCCAGAUACAUACAUUGGUUCCGUAGAAUCUGUGACUCAGGCCAUGUGGGUUUUUGACUCUGACUUGGAUCAAAUGAUUUUGCGAGACAUCACCUUUGUUCCUGGACUGUACAAAAUUUUUGAUGAAAUUAUUGUAAAUGCAGCUGACAAUAAACAGAGGGAUCCCAGCAUGAACACAAUUAAAAUUGACAUUGAUGCUGAGAACAACAAAAUAAAGAUUUGGAACAAUGGAAAGGGUAUCCCUGUCAUUGAACACAAAACAGAGAAGAUGUAUGUGCCAACAAUGAUCUUUGGGCAUCUGUUGACAUCCAGCAAUUAUGAUGAUAGCCAGAAAAAAGUUACAGGUGGAAGAAAUGGAUAUGGUGCCAAGUUGUGCAACAUUUUCAGUAAGAAAUUCAUUGUGGAGACAUCUUGCAAGGAUUACCACAAAGCUUUUAAGCAGACAUGGAUUGACAACAUGGGGAAGACAAAAGAGCCCACCAUUACAGAUGCCAAGAAUGAUGAUUUCACAUGCAUUACUUUCUUCCCUGAUCUUGAAAAGUUUAAAAUGGAGAGUUUGACAAAAGACAUGGUGGAUUUGUUUACACGUAGGGCAUAUGAUGUCGCCGGCUCAUCCAAAGGAGUGAAGGUUUUCCUCAAUGGAAAAAGACUUCCCGUGAAAAAUUUCAAAGACUACAUUGGCCUUUACCUAAAAGAUAAAACAGAUGACAAUGGGCAGCCAUUACCUGUCAUUCAUGAAGUUGCCAAUGAACGAUGGGAAGUGGCUGUAACCUUAAGUGAAAAAGGGUUCCAACAAGUCAGCUUUGUUAACAGCAUUGCCACUACCAAGGGAGGACGCCAUGUGGAUAAUGUUACAGACCAAGUUGUGUCCAAACUUAUAGAUGUUGUGAAGAAAAAGAAUAAAGGGGGUGUCGCCAUUAAACCCUUUCAAGUGAAGAACCAUAUCUGGAUAUUUGUGAACUGCUUGAUAGAGAAUCCUACCUUUGACUCACAAACUAAAGAAACAAUGACUCUUCAAGCCAAGCAGUUUGGAUCAAAAUGUGCUCUUUCUGAGAAAUUCAUCAAUCAGGUCAGCAAAUGUGGAAUUGUUGACAACAUAUUGAGUUGGAUGAAGUUCAAAGCUCAAACUCAGUUGAAUAAAAAACUAACAUCAAGUAAGACCACCAAACUGAAAGGCAUACCCAAGCUAGAUGAUGCCAAUGAUGCAGGAACGCGGAACUCCAGAGACUGUACCCUGAUCCUGACUGAGGGAGAUUCAGCCAAAACUUUGGCUGUUGCUGGAUUGGGGGUAGUAGGGAGGGACAAAUUUGGAGUUUUCCCCCUCAGGGGUAAAGUUCUCAAUGUACGAGAAGCCACUCACAAACAGAUCAUGGACAAUGUUGAGAUCAACAAUGUGAUCAAAAUCAUGGGUCUUCAGUUUAAGGAGAAGUAUAAUGACCCUGACACGCUGAAGAACCUGAGGUAUGGUAAACUGAUGAUCAUGACUGAUCAGGAUCAGGACGGCUCUCACAUCAAGGGACUCCUCAUCAACUUCGUCCACCAUUUCUGGCCCAAUCUCCUCAAAUACAAUGUGCUGGAAGAGUUCAUUACUCCCAUUGUCAAGGUCACAAAAGGAAAAACGGAGCGUUCAUUUUACAGCUUGCCUGAGUUUGAAGAAUGGAAAAGAGAAACUGAGAACUGGCACACUUACAGAGUCAAGUACUACAAAGGUUUGGGUACCAGCACAUCUAAAGAGGCUAAGGAGUACUUCAGUGAUAUGGAGCGUCACAAGAUCCCAUUUAAGUACACAGGGGCAGAAGACGAUGCUGCAAUUAACUUGGCUUUCAGCAAGAAGAAGGUUGAGGAUAGGAAAGAAUGGCUGACAAGCUGGAUGGAGGACAGAAAACGCAGAUCAGAGAUGGGUUUGCCUGAGAACUAUUUGUAUGGAAAGGCCACCAAAUCCAUUUCUUACAAUGACUUCAUCAAUCGGGAGCUGAUUCUCUUCUCUAACGCAGACAACGUACGAUCCAUUCCUUCCAUGGUGGAUGGGCUCAAGCCGGGUCAACGAAAGGUCGUCUUCACUUGCUUAAAGAGAAACUUGACAAAGGAGAUCAAAGUGGCUCAGUUGGCAGGGUCAGUGGCAGAAAUGUCUGCCUAUCACCAUGGAGAGGUCUCUUUGAUGAAUGCCAUCAUCAACUUGGCCCAGAAUUUCAUUGGUUCAAAUAAUCUGAACAUCCUGCAGCCCAUUGGACAGUUUGGAACAAGACUACAUGGUGGUAAAGAUGCUGCCAGUCCUCGAUACAUCUUUACAGCUCUCAGCCCAUUGGCAAAAAUGUUGUUCAACAUGAAUGAUGAGCCUCUGCUGAAACACAAUUUUGAUGACAACUUGAAGAUUGAGCCUGAAUGGUACUGUCCAAUUAUACCCAUGGUGCUGGCCAAUGGUGCAGAUGGAAUAGGAACAGGAUGGAGCACCAAGAUACCAAACUUUGAUCUUAGAGAAAUUGUUGCCAAUCUCAAAAGAAUGUUAGAUGGAGAAGAUCCACUCCCAAUGGUACCAAGCUACAAGAACUUCAAGGGUACGGUUGAGGAGCUGAGUGAUAAUCGGUUUGUAGUCAGUGGAGAGGUAGCCAUUAUUGACGAUCAGACAAUCGAGAUUACAGAGCUGCCUGUCAAAACAUGGACACAGAACUACAAGGAGGACGUACUGGAACCCAUGUUGUAUGGAACAGAAAAAACUCCAGCAAUGAUCACGGAUUUCAAGGAGUAUCACACAGAUGCUACUGUGAAGUUUGUGAUCAAGAUGACCCCUGAGAAGUUAGCCGCUGCUGAGGAACAAGGACUUCACAAAGUGUUCAAGUUACAGUCCAACAUCUCCUUAAAUACAAUGGUGUUGUUUGACCACAAUGGAUGUAUCAGAAGGUAUGAGCAGAUCACUGAUAUUCUAAGAGAAUACUUUGAUCUGCGUCUGGGUCUGUACCAGAAACGCAAGGACUACAUGGAGGGCUUACUGGCAGCAGAGGCUAGCAGAUUGGAGAACAUUGCCAGAUUUAUCAUGGAGAAAAUUGAUGGCCUUAUCACUAUUGAAAACAAGCCAAAGAAAGAGCUCAUCCAGAUGUUGGUCAGGAGAGGCUAUGACUCUGAUCCUCUGAAAAGAUGGAAAGAACUUCAGGCUAGAGAAAAUGAGGAGGGAGAUGAAGAGGAUGAUGAUGAGAGCUCAGCCUCAGGAUCCUCAGGGGGCCCCGACUUCAACUACAUCCUAAACAACCCUCUGUGGUGCCUCACCAAGGAAAAGAAAGAGGACCUACUCAAACAGAGAGAUGAAAAGAAAGCAGAACUGGAAAAUUUGAGGCAAUUGAUAAGGGCCUUCGCAAUUUUUGGAAGUGGGAAUGGUUGGAAAAGAAUUCAUAAAGGUCUUGAAAAUACAUUCAUUAAGAAGGAAGCCAGGAAUCUGAUGGAGAAUUUUGACAAGGAAGAUGAGGAUGAGGACAUGGAACAAUUAAGUCUAGCGGAUCGAUUAGAGAAAAAGACCGGCAUCAAAUCUCCUACGAAAAUCAAUGGAGAAGUCAAGGCAGAGGCUGCAGAACAACCAGCAAAAAAGAAACGAAUACGCAAACCAAAAGAUACCUCUGGAAGCCCCAAGAAAAAGGGAAGUAAAGGAAAGAAGAGGAAUCCUUGGUCAGAAUCAGAGGAAUCCAAUGACGACAUGUCAGGCUCAGAUCUGGACGGCAGCUUCAUGGAAAAUUUCCAGCCUAAAAAAGAAAGGCCAAAACGAGAAAAAUGUAAGGCAACAAAGUACAGUUUUGACUCAGAUGAGGAGGCCAUUAAGUCUGACAGUGAUGAGGAGUUUGUGGCAGUCAAUAACGAAGAGGAGAACCCGGUCGUGAUGAGCUCCGAAGACGAAGCUCCGGUCUCCAAGAAGUCAAAUCCUGUCAUAGAAGAUGACCACUCACCCAUCAAGGCAAUUAAGAAAACUAAAUCCAAGAAGACUGCUAUGGAGUUCCUGGAUUCCUCGGAUGAAGGAGAGGGAGAAUCUCAGAAGUCGGAUGCCCUGACAUGGAAGACAGCCACUUCACAAGAUUCAGCUCCCACGGUGGUUAGUGAUGACGAGGAUGACAAGGUGGAUAAUGAUAUUUUUAAGACAAUAGCCGAGCCUAAAGCAGCCACCAAGAAACCUGCAGCAAAGAAAAAGCCAGCAGCCAAAAAAGCGGACCCCAAACAGCCAUCUAUAGCACAAGCAUUUAAGUCUAAUGACGAGGCCAAACCAAAACAGAGAAAAUUGUUAAACACAAAGAAGCCUGUCCUCACGAUCUCAGACGACGAGGAAGACGUCGUUAUGUCAGAAAAACCACCCAAGGAAGCUAAGCCCAAGAAGGCAGCUAAACCCAAGAAAAAGUCCACAGAUGAAUCUGAUGAUGAAAGCAAACCGAAGAAGACAACCAAGAAAAGACCAGCCAAGAAUUUCUCAGAUAGUGAUUUCUCAGAGGAAGACUUCCUGCCCAAGAAAGCAGGAGGGAAAAAGAAGAAGAAGUCGGAGACUGAUGAUGAUGAUUUCCUGUUGGAGGAGGACAUGCAUGUAGAUGUGGCACCGCGCGCAAGAGCUGGGGGACGAACAAAGACCUCAGUCAAGUACAACUUCGGAGAUUCGUCAGAAGACAGUGACUUCUAAGAAAAGAAUCGUUUCAUUGCAAAUUGUCUGUUUUAAGUUUUAAAUGAACAAUUUUUAGCAUUGACAUUAAUUUAAAAAAAUUUCAACAUUUACAUUUGCUGGUCAUAGUUUUGCCAUUGUUGGAGAGAUUCAUUGUACAUUGUCUCUUUGACCAAGUUAUUUUAGUGAUUAUUUAUUGGAUGGACAAAAAGUAAGAUGAGAGUAUUUGUUCUGUGUUUUUGUAAUAUUCAUUAAUUUCUCCUCAUGACUAAUAUUUACAUUUGUUUAGCAAGACUGUUUCAUUGCUCUGUAUCUUAAAUCUCCUGUUCUAUUUUCAUAUCUUUCAUC